AUGAGCUCUCCCACUAUCGUCGGUCGAGAUAGCGCACGUGCGUAUGUUCGAACAGCAGCACAUCGCAUCCAUGCAUAUGAACGGUAGAAGUGCCGACAAACGAACUAAAGCUUCUUUUAUCAGUCAGUCACGACCGCGUGAGGCAAACAGUUGAGUGCGCGCGACAGUGGUGCGUUUACCGUCCGGAAACCGUCGCGCUUUCCUCGUCCCUUUUCUUCGCUGAGAUCAACGCGCCUCUUCUUGCACGAUCCCCUCAACGCUGGAUCGAUCAUCGAUCGCAAUACCCUAUCGCGACACUGCGGAGCUAGGUUUUUAUUUCGACUCACGUAGCACUAGCCGAGGGAAGUCCCGUACGAAAUCACACGCGAGUCGGACAACGAGACCGAGCAGCCACCGCACACAGUCAGAAGCGGCAGGGUUAAUCGAAUAUCAAGGAACAAUAAACGCUUUACGAGGAAACGUCGACACGCUGGCGCAAAUUCUUCAAUACAUCGUUACCACAUAUGGUCGCUUUUCCGGACUCGUCGACUGAGCCGGCGUUGUUAAAUGUCACUGAUAUUAAAUUGAACGAGUGCGUGGAUCAUAAUGGACACGUAUACGAAACUAAUGACAGAGGAGUUAAGGAUCACGCGUUCACCAUACAACGAGCGGACAUGUCGAAUGGCAAAGACAACUAUGCGUUAGAUUUCGAUUGCAUGGAAAAGGCUAUCGACAACAAAUUGAACGCAACGGGCGACAUUAAAGCAGAGGCGGAUGUCGUAAAGAAAGUGGCAGCGGGUCUGAAAAGCCCUAACGGCCCAAAGAACAAAACGGACAUGUCACUGCCCAAUCUUGGUGGUGGAACACUUUCCAGUGGAAGUUCGAUAGUGACCAUCUCUUCCGUCGCAAAUUCAGAUCCUGGUCCCGACUUCCAUAAUAACACGGAUGGCUUUGGUAACAGCACACACAGACAUGAAAGAUGGUAUCAGACCACCCUUCAAGUUGCUGUGCCUUUUUUCAUCGCCGGGCUAGGUACAAUCGGUGCAGGCCUAGUGCUUGCAGACGUCAAGGACUGGCCAGUAUUUCGCGCUAUUUCUCAAUUAUUCAUUCUGGUGCCGUCACUGUUAGGCCUGAAGGGCAAUCUUGACAUGUGCUUGGCCUCGCGGCUGUCCACGCAAGCCAAUCUGGGCAACAUGCACGAGCUACGAGAGAUCGUGAAAAUGAUUGUUGGUAACAUCGCGUUGGUGCAGAUACAGGCGAUCGUCGCGGCUGUCUUGGUAUCGAUUUUCGCGGUUGUGGUAGACGCGAUAGCGGAAGGUAGCGCGUACACUUUCAAAUGGAACAAUUGCCUGUUAUUAGCCACAGCUAGCGUCUGCACUGCAACGAGCUCUUGCUUUAUUCUAGAUUUUGUAAUGAUCGCCGUCAUCAUGAUUUCGUAUCGGUGCAAAAUGAACCCUGACAAUCUAGCUACACCUUUGGCUGCCUCCUUUGGAGACGUUGUAUCAAUUAGCGUCCUAUCGGCAAUCGCAUCAGCGCUAUUUAACCAAAUGACAGUACAACCAUGGAUCCUGUACAUUAUACUUGGCUGUUAUUUCUUAAUUCUACCGUUUUGGAUCUACGUGGUUCUCAAGAAUAAAUAUACCAGAAAUGUUUUAACAUCCGGAUGGGUUCCCGUUCUAUCGGCCUUGUUCAUCAGUGGAUUUGGCGGUCUGGUUCUUGAUCAAGUCGUUGACUCGUUCAAUGGAUUCGUGAUCUUUCAGCCAAUCAUAAACGGAAUUGGUGGUAAUUUAGUCUCUGUACAGGCAUCUCGAAUCUCAACUACGUUGCACCAGACAACGAUUAUGGGAAUUUUGCCGCCACACUCGAAAAUAUUCAUCGCUCCGUGGAAAGCGCUCUUCAGAGGCUCGCUGUACGCGAAAACAGCCAGAAUACUCAUUUGCAUGGCGAUUUUCGGCGAAACGAUCUUCAUCUUUGCUGCCGAUUAUAUCAGAAAUGGAACGUCCACGUUACAUAUAUAUUUCGUUGUUUCUUACAUCGUCAUGGCUGUUCUACAAGUCAUGCUGUUGCUUUACGUGGCGCAUAUUAUUAUCCACGCUAUGUGGCGAUACAAAAUCGACCCGGAUAAUUCCGCCAUUCCGUAUUUAACGGCGCUGGGCGAUCUUUCGGGAACGAUACUUCUAGCGAUAGCGUUUUGGUUCCUCAUAAGUAUACAUCAGGAAUACGGUAAAUAAAGGACCGGCGACCGUUAAAGUGGCGAGAUUGAAAUGCUGAUGAAAACUGCGUGCCGACUUUUCCUUUGAAAGUGUCGUAUAUAAAUGUCAACGGAGUUAAAGAGCACCGACGUCGCGUCACGUUUAAAUGUGCCAGACAAUAGGAGACGAAGAUUAAUUAAGAGAACAAGUGUUUCGUGGAAACAAAACAUGGUGCUUUAUUACGGAACGAUCUGAUUGAUCUGAAACGGGCGAAACAGCAAGAUUGUGUUCUUCCUCCAUUAAGAGAAAAUCUUAAUGGUACGUUAGUCGCGUUAAUUAGUUGUGUCACACACGCUGAACAUAAUGGAUUAAAGCAGUAUGUCACAGUUCUUGAAAUAGGUAGACCAAUAGAAAGAAAAUGUACGAUAACACUGAUUCUAAUAUAUAGCUAGUGAAAUGCUCUGUCAUGAUAUAAUUUAUCAUGAUCUAAUAAUCGUACAGUCGUGCUUACGCGAAAUAAGGAAAAAAACGCUGCAUAAUUGACUGACGAUUACGUAAAGCCACGAGAUAUAGAAAUUUUUAAUUGUGUACCUAAUUGAAUGAAGCAGCAGAAUUUAAAGUAUUUUAGAUAUAAUCAUAUAUUUACAUCUGAUUGUAAUCUUAAUAAACAUAAACAGAACAGACCUAGUCAGUAUCUUAACACUGAUGAAUAAUUGUGUUGUAGGAAGAUCAUAUGUUAACAUAAAAUUUCAUAUUUACAAUAAUAAAAGCCUCUUUAAAAUAGAAAUUAUGUUUGUAGUUUACAGGUUUUUAAAAUAGAUAAUGUUUUCUAAUAAUAGAUAAAAUUAAAAACAUCAAAAUAUUUUAUUGAUGUUCUAUUGUGAAUUUAAAUUUUUUUGAUGAUAAUAGAACAAGAAAGUAAUAGAUUUUUAAUGUAUAUGCAUCAACAAUAUUUGAAACUCAUAAGUAUACAAUAUGUUUUAUAAAAAUUGUUUCUAUCAGUAAUAAUACAUUAGAAUAAGUUAUACAAAACAAUCUAAUUAAAGCGAGUAUUCAUAAAAUAAAUAAUGCUAACAGUAAGUAAAAUAUUGCUUUUAGUUCCUGAAAUAGUAUUGUAACUAAUAAAUAAUAGUGAAUGAUUUCCAUAACAGCCUGUGAUUUAAAAUAAUAUCUUCAAAUAAAAUGUAUGAACAAUUGUACUUUUAAAAUAAAACUUUGUGCUGUUGAAAUAAUGAUUUUUAUACAAAUAAUCAAUAUUUUAACUGAAUUUAAUAAAACUGAUACGAAUGCUUUAUAUUAUGUUUCACAAAAUUUCUAUAACAAAUUCAAAACACAUGAGUUAAACUGAAUGAUCAUAAAACAGAUCAAUUAAGUGAAGUGCAUGAAUAUCACAAAAAUCUAACCUACUCAAGUAUGUAGUGUUUAUACAUAUUUUACAAUUCUACAUAUUAUUUUGUACUGUUCGCUGUUUACAAUUCUAUGUGAUACACUUUACAUCAUUUAAUGUAAAGAAAUAUAAUUUUUGCAAUAUAUCAUAUUUAUUAUCACGAACAUUCUAACAAAAUUUUGAUCAAGCAAUAAACAAUACACAGUGUUUAAGGUUAUGUCUGUUUGGCGUUUUGAAUACGAUUAUUCAAAGUAAGUCAAAACAUCACACAAUAAUAAUAAUUAUUAUGUAACAAUUAUUUGUAGCAAAUGAACAUAUGUUUCUAGAGUUAAAAAUUCGUUAAAUAAUAUACUGUACCGCCAUAUGAUAUCAAAACAAAACAAAAAAAAAAAGAAAAAAAAA